AAAGCACCUGUUAACAGAGACCCACUGACAGUCAGGUGUGCCAUCAGCACUAGAUGCUCCGCAAGUCUCAAUAGCAUAACUUAUACUGGCAAGAUGCCUCGCAGAAAAAGUGAUAUUGAGAUAACCAUGGACGAUGUUGGGAUGGAAAUGGAUGCAGAAGUUGAUAGUGGAAGUGAUGUGGACUCAAAAAGAAGAGCAAAAGGCAGGAAUAAACCGAAGCCUGCAGCGCGAGGAAGGAAAGCCAAACCAGCAGACAGUGUGGAGGAGAGCGAAGAAGAGGAGGAUGAAUCUCCGCGCAAGAGGAGAGGCCGGAGGAAGAAGCAAGAAGAUGAGGACGAGAGUGAGGAAGAACAGAAAGGAAGAAGAAAGAAAGCUGUCAAUUCCAGGAAGAGAACAGCCAAGAAAGAAGAGUCAGAGGAGGAGAGCGAAGAGGAAAAAGGAAAUAAAAGAAGAGGAGGGAGAAAAGGAGCAACUAAGAAGGACAAAGAGGAGGAGAAUAACAAGGAGAAGAAAGGGAAUAGCAAAGCCGGAGGAAAAGGAAGUAAUGAUAAACAGGAUGAUAAGGAUAAAGAUAAGAAAAAGAACAAAGGCAAAAACAGCAGCAGUUCAUCAUCGGACAACAAUUCAGAUGACGAGUCUAUGUCUGAAGGAGAGAUGGCCCGACUAAAAGAGGAGGUGGAAGAAAAGAAAAAGCUGAUAGCAACACUUAGGAACAAACCCUGGCGCAUGAAGAGGAGACUCAAGUGCUUGAAAGAAGCACAGGAGUUUGUGGAGAAGUUUGAAGGAGCUUUGGGCAAAGGAAAGGGGAGGAGGCUGUAUGCAUUUAAAGUCAUGAUGACCAAGAAAUUAAUCAAAUUCAAUAGAGACUUUGAAAACUUCAAGACAGCUUGCAUUCCCUGGGAGAGUCGGAUAAAAGAAGUGGAAAGUCAUUUUGGAUCAUCUGUUGCCUCCUACUUUAUUUUCUUGCGGUGGAUGUAUGGACUAAACCUCGUUCUCUUCGGCUUCAUGUUUGGACUUGUGGUUAUUCCAGAGUUAUUAAUGGGCAUCCCUUACGGCUCUAUUCCCAGAAAAACAGUCCCCAGAGAGGAGCAGAGUUCGGCCAUGGACUUCUCUGUGCUAUUUGAGUUUGGAGGUUAUUGCAAGUACUCCAUUCUGUUUUAUGGUUUCUACAACAACCAACGAACUAUUGGAUUCCUGCAGUUCCGGUUACCUCUGUCAUACCUUCUGGUUGGUGUUGGGAUAUUUGGCUAUAGUCUAAUGGUGGUUAUCAGAACAAUGGCCAGAAACGCCAAUGAAGGAGGAGAUGGAGGAGAUGAAGGGAACUUCACCUUUUGCUGGAAACUGUUCACUAGCUGGGAUUACCUGAUAGGAAACCCAGAGACAGCUGACAACAAGUUUGCCUCCACCACCACAAGCUUUAAGGAAUCGAUAGUGGAUGAGCAGGAAAAUCUAAAGGAUGAGAACAUUCACCUGCGCCGCUUUCUCCGUCUCUUAGCUAAUGUUCUCAUCCUGUGCUGCUUGGCUGGCAGUGGAUACCUCAUCUACGCUGUUGUUAAAAGAUCACAAGACUUUGCGAAAAGGGACAGAAAUGAAUUGACAUGGCUUCAAAAAAAUGAGGUUGAAAUUGUAAUGUCGCUGCUGGGCUUGGUAUGUCCGCCUUUGUUUGAGGCUAUAGCUGAGCUUGAAGACUAUCACCCUCGAAUCGCAUUAAAGUGGCAGCUGGGCAGAAUCUUUGCCCUCUUUCUGGGCAACCUGUACACUUUUCUGUUUGCCCUUUUUGAUGAAGUCAAUGGAAAGCUGGAAAACGAGAAGCAGAUCAAAAAUCAAACCGUCUGGGCUCUUAAAGAAUACUAUGCCAAUUACACCUUACAGUACAACGUCACAGAAAACAUUCCCCCUCCAAACAUCGCUCCUGCUGAUGUCAUUAGGGGGCCUUGCUGGGAAACAGAAGUAGGCAUUGAGUUUGUGAAGCUCACUGUAUCUGACAUCCAGGUGACAUAUCUGACCAUCCUGAUAGGUGACUUUCUACGAGCCUUGAUUGUUAGAUUCCUCAACUAUUGCUGGUGUUGGGAUCUGGAAGCUGGAUUUCCAUCUUAUGCAGAGUUUGACAUCAGCGGUAACGUACUUGGGCUCAUCUUCAACCAGGGAAUGAUCUGGAUGGGUGCCUUUUAUGCCCCUGGGCUGGUGGGCAUAAAUGUGCUGCGUCUGCUGAGCUCUAUGUAUUACCAGUGCUGGGCAGUAAUGGCCUGUAACGUUCCCCAUGAGAGAGUGUUCAAGGCCUCACGCUCGAAUAACUUCUACAUGGGAUUACUGCUGCUUGUCCUCUUCCUCAGUCUCAUGCCUGUGAUCUACUCCAUUAUGACCCUACCACCGUCUUUUGACUGUGGGCCCUUCAGUGGCAAAGAUAAGAUGUAUGAUGUCAUCACGGAGACAAUAGACAAGGAUUUGCCACCGUUUAUGGCCGACAUCUUCAGUUAUGCAUCCAACCCAGGCCUCAUCAUUUCUGUAGUCUUGCUCAUGGUCUUGGCUAUUUAUUACCUGAAUGCUGUCUCCAAAGCCUAUCAAAAUUCCAACUUGGAGCUAAAACGCAAAAUGCAAAUGCAAAGAGAUGAGGAGAAGAACAGGAGAAACAACAAGGACAGCACCAAUCAGGUGAUGAAGGACCUGGAGGAUCUUCUGCCCAACAAGUCCUUGAUUCCCCCUCCAUCUGCUGAAGAGACUGAGAAACCAGCUGAACAGCCUAGCAAGUCAUCAAAGGUAACAGGCAAACCAGGCGCUGCAGCAUCCGGGAAGGGGGUUCAUGUUCAGAAAGAUGUGUCUUUGGCUGCUGCUAAUCCCAGGGCACCAGUAACCCGAGCGCCCGGUCCCAGACAACCUGGCCCUUUGCCAGGCAAUCCUCGUGGACCUCCACCAGGUCAAGGCAUGGGAAGAGGGAGAGGGGGACCACCACCACGAAGAUAGUGCUUGUAGGAUAUACAGAUGGUAAAAUAUGCUUCUCACAGCCUUUCAUAGUACUGCCAUUUGCUGCAUCUGUAAAUGCAUUCGCAGCUUUUGGAUGCUAAAGCGGUUGUUUAAACACAGGCUUAGUUGCAAGUUAUCAGGCGAAUGUAUACAAUGUGCAAGUAAUAGAUAACUUUGCCUUUGAAGUGAGCUAGA